UUCCAACUACUGACACCAAAAAGCAUGGGGCCGUGGUCCGUCCAGUGAAGACAGGAGCUCUUCUGCAGCAAAGAGAGCGUACUGCGUUAUCUAAUUUAAAAUAGUGUUAACAAGCCUCCGGUUGAUAAAUAGGCGCGCAUGCAGCUUUCAUGAAGGAGGAUGGAGAUAGAGAAGAGGACGAAUGGGUUCGAUUACCCAGAGAGAAACAACACUAAGUCCGACGGCUUCUAUGGUGAUCAUCCCUUGGAAGCCGAACAGAAGAAUGGAUUAGAUGGAGUGAAUGACAGUAAUCUUGAUGAUGGAGCUGACCCGCGCGUUUGCCUUAUCUGCGGAGACCGCGCCACGGGCCUUCACUACGGCAUCAUCUCCUGCGAGGGCUGCAAGGGCUUCUUCAAGCGCAGCAUCUGCAACAAGCGCGUGUACCGCUGCAGCCGCGACAAGAACUGCGAGAUGUCGCGCAAGCAGCGGAACCGCUGCCAGUACUGCCGCCUGCUCAAGUGUCUGCAGAUGGGAAUGAACCGCAAAGCAAUCAGGGAAGAUGGGAUGCCAGGAGGAAGAAACAAAAGCAUUGGUCCUGUCCAGAUCACAGAUGAGGAGAUUGAGCGGAUCAUGUCGGGACAGGAGUUUAAGGAGGAAGCCAGUCUGCCGGAACACACCUGGAGCACCAACGGUGACAGCAGUGACCACAGCUCUCCUAGCAACGGCGCCUCCGAGGGCAACCAGCCAUCACCUGCAUCCACUCUGUCCUCCAAUCGAUCCAUAGACAUGAAUGGUGGCUACACGGCUGCUCUCAGGGACCAAUACAUCAACACACCGAUGAACACGUCCUACCAGCUGCUACCUCACCUCCUCAGUUACGCUGCCCAGUCAGGCCUGCUGGCCCCCCAGCCUCGCAGCCUCUACCCCCAGUCACACCCACUGGUGCUGCAGCUCGUGGCCGCCGAGGAGCUGGAUCCACUGGCCACCCCCAUGCUGAUAGAGGACGGGUACAAGGUGACCCAGGUGGAGCUGUUUGCGCUACUAUGUCGCCUGGCCGACGAGCUCCUGUUUCGUCAGAUCUCGUGGAUCAAGAAGCUGCCGUUCUUCUGCGAGCUGUCCAUCGAGGACUACACCUGUCUUCUCAGCUCGACCUGGCAGGAGCUCAUCCUGCUCUCCUGCCUCACCAUCUACAGCGCGCAGAUCUUUGGAGACCUGGCCGACGUCACCACCAAGUACACGCCCUCUGAUGACGAGCUGCAAAGUUUCAGUGAGGAUGGGAUGGAGGUGAUGGAAAGGUUGAUCUAUCUGUUCCGCAAGUUCCACCAGUUGAAGGUCAGCAAUGAGGAGUAUGUCUGCAUGAAAGCCAUCAACUUCCUAAACCAAGAUAUCCGUGGUCUGACUAAUGUGUCCCAGCUGGAGCAGCUGAACAGGCGCUACUGGUAUGUCUGUCAGGACUACACUGAGUUCAAGUACCCCCACCAGCCGAAACGCUUCCCCGAGAUCAUGAUGUGUCUGCCGGAGAUCCGCUUCAUGGCAGGGAAGCUGGUGAAUGUUCCCCUGGAACAACUCCCCCUGUUGUUCAAAGCAGUGUUGCACUCCUGCAAAUCCAGCCUGAUCAGCUAUCGGACAGGAAGUUCCCCUUGUCUGACUACUACGGGUACCUCCCCGGGGAACUGAGCCUCUGGCUCCGGGACGGCCCAAUUACUCAUAUCUCGCCUGUUGGGGGGCGGGGCUGGGCAAGGGACUGGUCCCCCUUCCUGUGAAUGUGACAAGCAGCUAGUUUUAUAAAAACAUUUUUUUUUCUCUAUAUAUUUAUUACAUGACAGAGCUGAAUGUAUGCUGAUCCACACUGUGCCCACGCCUCUGUGCAAACUAAACGCGCAGAGAUGCUUUGGUCUUUGGAGUUUACAAGUGUGUAUCCGAUUGCUCGAUGUGUCGGUGUUGCCAUUGUUAGAAAUAGAUUUUAAAGAUUUAUUUUAUUCGAAGGGGGGGCGGAUAAAAUGACAGUUUCAAGACUACCUCAGGGAGAUGUUGUUUCUACUUUCAGGUACCUUUUUCUCACUGUUUUGGAAUGAAGAGUGGCCCAGUGUAAAUCAAAUCCCAUUAAAAUGUUUCACACUUCCGAAAUUCAAACGAUCAGCAGGCCUUUAGCAUGGAUUGAUCAAAGGCAUUGUUGCAUACCAAAUUGAACCAAAGACAAGGAAAGCAUCAAACUAGUUAAUGACCUGACUAGAGAUGUAUUUUCCUGCAUCAUUACACUCUCUCUAAAACAUGAUUCACUCUAAGGAAUGGACUAAGCGGGUUAGAAACCAGCCGGUUUGAGCCCAGGUAGUUUCUGUUAAGUCUGGGUAUGCGGUUAGGGACUGCUGGUCGACGUAACAUUCCUAGACUUUCAGUUGGGUGACAUUUAUUGGGAUUGUGGGAUCUUCAUUGAAAACCAAGUAUACGGGUAUUUUCUACAAUCAUAGACUGCUGAACUUAUUGCAGGGGAAGUUUGUUAUUAGCUUUAUUGAUUGUUUUUGUUGUUGACCAAAGUGUUAUGCAAAUGUUUUUCAAGCAUCACCCAAUGAGGUUCAAUUGAAUGAUUUCUCAUCAAUAAAGGACCAGCAUAAGAAAUGAAUCAGUCUGUAGUAGCCAGAGGGAAGACCUUCUGCUGGACAGACAGACAGUGUAGCUGGUUCUAAUCCUAAUGCCUAAAGCAUAGACAGCACAAAUAAGGGCCCCACUGACUUCUCUUCUAGUCCCUGAGGCACCCAUCGAUUCCUCCAGAAACCAUCUUGGCAUUCAGCCCUCCUCUGGUUCUUGUUUGCCCAUCCCUGAGCGUCUGCACGUGCUCAUUGGGUUGGUGGACCAAUCUGCACAGUUUGGCUGGAAGGACAGGUUGGCCUGUUCAUUUGAACUACUACAUCUGUAGACAGUGUUGGAUUCGGUUCCGAAUUCUCAGGCACCCUUUCGACGACAACAGAGAAAUGACGGAUGAGACGUUAGGGGCUCUUCCGUUGUCUGGACUGGGUUGACAGAGUUGAGGGAACGUCACCUGAGACAGAUAUGCACAUUGUUUAAAUGAAGCCUUACAGAUAAAUAGGUUCUUCAUUUUCUAAGUAUGAGAUGAUAAUUUCAACAAGUUGAAUUGUCUUUUUGCAUCAUUCAAGUGUUAGCCAUUUCAUAAAGACAAUUUCUUUGAAAGUUGGAGAAAUGCAGUCCUUGCAGCAACUCUGUUUUAGGCAUGCUGUGGUGUGGCAAGAGACCGUGUCGGUUCAUGACCUUGGCAAAGUGCCCACCACACGCGCUCCUCUCUCUCUCAGGUCCUCCUGGACCUGUAUUAAACAGGGUAAACUGACUGUUAUGUAGUGCAUUCAGGAGUUAAUCAGGUGUCACUAUGCUGAUGUACUUGUAGGAUUUGUAGUCGUAGGAUUCUGGACAUGGUAGGUCCUUUUAGAAUGUUUUUUUUUCUUCAAAGAGAUUUCUGUUUUGGAUGUGAAGUUACGGGAAUGUUUUAAGACUUGCAUAACCGAUUUCAUAGGUGGACUGUUGUGCCCAGUUCAGUGUUGAGAUUAUUUGACUGAAGGUGGUUGGCGACAGGACAGAACAUCAAUAUAGGCCAGAGAUAUCCCUUUUCACUCUGAGAACACCUGAGAUUAGGGUUGCAAAAUGCCAGAAACCCUCAGUAAAUAUUCUGUUUUCCCCAAAUCUUUGGAGAAUUACUGGAAUCAUGAGGAAAUAAUCAGCAAAACUAAAAAUGAAAUCAGAAAUAAUAAGAAUUCUCCAACUAUGAUUUCUGGAGAACUAGGGAAUUGACUGAACAUUACUGGACUUAUGUUACCCCCACCAUUUUACCUCAAUCAAAAGGUGGGGUUACUAUCUCUUCCUAUAUCACUAGUCUGUCUGUAAUGCUGCCUUCUGCUUUUAUUAAAUGUCUUGUUUCAUGCUUUGAAUACUUUCACCAAUGCAGCGUUCUUUGUUCCAGUAAAUU